UUUUUUUGAUAUCAGAGGUGUCAGCUAGUCGAACCAAAAGUUCUGAGAAGAAUCGAAAUUCAAAGCCGCCAUGGGCAAACCAAAGCGCAACGUCCUCGCCGCCGCGCAAGAAGCGCUCUCUCCACCAGCCGAACUGGAGCCCACCCAGCUCAUUGUGCGCGUGGUGAAGCCCGAAGGAAACAACCUGUACGCUUGCGAGAUGCCAAACACGAAGCCCGUCGUUCUCGAGCUCGCCCAGCGGUUUCGCAACACCAUCUGGAUUAAGCGUGGCGGAUAUGUCCUGGCCGAAAGCUAUCCCGCGGGGACGCAGGAUAGCAGAGCAAUUGGCGAAAUUAUAAAUGUCGUGCGAGACGAGAAGUUGUGGCGAAAGCAGGCAUACUGGUACGAGAGAGAUCUGUCUGCCUCAAUGUUGUAUAGUCUAUGUAUUAAUGAGAUAUUCUAGGCCCAAAGAGUUUGCCAAAGUGGUCGAGGAAUUCAGCGACGAGGAGAGUGAUUCCAACGUCGGAAAACUGCCGCCCAGCGACGACGAAGAAGAGGAAGAGUGAAAAACAGCGCUUCUAUCAAGACAAGCCACGAAUUACAACUGCUUUGGUUUUGCUGUUCCUGGUUGGUACGCAGGUGAACUCGCUUGAGAGCCGACAAACGCCGCGG